AUAAAUACUUAUGAAAAGGCAAUGCGAACUAAGGAAAUAAGCACCGGACUAGGGCUCAUCUAGUUUAGGCAAGUGUGCAAAGGAGUAGCAUCGAGUGAUUGAUCAAGAAAAUCGAGGGGGAUUGGGGUUCAAAAGAUCGUUGAUGGAAUUUGAGCUAACAAAUUGCUACAAGGUUCUACACUGAGUAGACAGAGUAAACUAGAUGAGAAGCAAACAUACGGGCUAAGUCAAAACUUAGGGUUUCACUAGAAGAGAAAUGCACCUGAAGAAAUCGUGGUUCGAACCAAAAACAGAGAAGAAGAGACAAUACCUGGAGAGCAUCCACUUGUGUUUCGUCAGAAGGAGGAGCAUCCACACCAGCUGCCGGAAUAUAUGGGAAUUCUAGAUUGUCGUAGGGGAAGUGAGAGUUCUUGAGCUGAAUUACCAGAGUAGUCCUCUUACGAGUAGAAAAGGGCUCCAUAAGUGCCACCUUAUCCCAUAAUACCUUCACCAUUCGUAGAUGCUGUUAUUCAUGUGAAGUUUUGCCAAGUCCCCGAUGUUAGGGAGUGGCUUGAGGAGCUGUCUGAGAUAGGAGCCCUCGCAUUACAUGUUGAGGAGCAGCAUGCCCUCUUCUACGGUGCAUGAGGGUGAGGUUACUGCAGAACAGGGGGCAUUCCUCAAUCAGCGACUGGCGAAGGUAUUAUGGGAUAAGGUGGCACUUAAGGAUCUUGGUUUAAUCCAAAAGCGGGCUAAGCUUGUUUUGCAGCUCAUGAAUUCCCAUCUUCCCUACGACAACUCAGAUUUCCCGCCUCUUCCGAUAGCUGUUGAGGAUACCCCUCCUCCCGUGCCAGCCCAGGAGGUGCCUGCUGCUCCUCUACAGAUAGUUGUUGUUGUGGAUCAGCCAGCUGUUGUGGAUGCUCCUCCUCCUGAGGUGGCUGAGGUGGUGCCUGCCGCUGCAUAUGUUGCUCCUCCACUGCCAGAUGUUGUGGAUCAGGCAGCUCAGGAGGUGCUCGCAGCUGCAUUACUGGCAUUUGCCGAUCAACAUUUCACACUUCACGUGGAUCAUAGAAAGCCGGCCGGGUCCAAGUGGAGUGAUGGUGAACACCGCCAUCUGGUGCUGGCUUCGAGGAUGCUGGGACCUUCCAACUGUUCCUUGAUCAAAAGGUUAUACUUCCAGGGUUCGGAAAGAUCAUCUGUGAGAGCUAUAGAGAACAAGGUAAGGAACAUGAAGAGAGACGUGAAGGCUAACAACCUCGAUGGGUAUUCGGAAGAUGUGCAGGCAUCUCUCUUGGAACUUUUCCCACAUGCUGGAGGAAACUGAGAUCGGACAGUGGCGAGUUGUUGAUGAGUAGUGUAUAGACUGAAGUUAAUGCAUUCUAUGUUUUGUUACUAUUUGGGUUAUCUUUUGGUUACUCGGUUGUUACUAUUGACUGAGAUGGGUUUCUACUCGGGGUAUCUUAGUUGGUGGCAUCAUGGAUUGUCUAUGGAUAUAAGUAUGAGCGUAUCGUUUCGAACUACUUGCUAGCAAUUUUCCUGUCUUUACUAUUAUGCACUAAUACCAAAACAGGUGUUAGCAUCUUAUUCGCUACCCUUAAAUUACAAUCUAGG